AUGGCGUCUUCCCGGAAUGAGAAUGGGGAGCCUGGCCAGGUGGUCAAGCAGACGAUCGGCAAGCACGACGCAGGAUAUAAUCUCUCUCUUGGCUUGAACUACGGCCAUGCGGCUGGGUCGCCGCACCUGGUGCGCUUUGUGACCGAGCACGUCGAGCUCGUACAUAACCCUCCCUAUGCGGACUGGGGUACGGUCCUCACGGCGGGAUCGACGUCAGCGUUGGAGAUUGCGUUGCGCGUUUUCUGUAACCGAGGAGAUACGGUCUUGAUGGAGCGGUAUACAUAUCCUGGAGCGGUCGAAGUGGCCGGUUUGGUAGGUGCUCGGGUUCAAGGUGUGGAUAUGGAUGCGGAGGCGUUGAGUCCGGAUCAUCUGCGAGAGGUUUUGCGGACUUGGGACGAGGAGGCGCGGGGACCAAGGCCGACGGUCUUGUAUACGGUUCCGUCGGGGCAGAAUCCGACGGGCGUGACGCAGUCGGUGGAGAGAAGGCGGGCGAUCUAUCAGAUUGCUGAGGAAUAUGAUCUGGUCCUUAUCGAGGAUGAUCCGUAUUAUUUUCUCAGCCUGGGUGACUGCCCCGGACGGCUACAAAAUGACAUUGGUGCGGACGGCAUUCCGUCUUAUCUGUCUCUCGACCGAGCAGGCCGCGUUGUUCGACUUGACUCUGCAUCUAAGAUUCUCGCUCCGGGGCUGCGCGCUGGUUGGGUGACGGCGAGUAGUCUGGUGAUCGAUAAGUUCCUGGCCUACCACGAGGUGAGCACCGUUGCGGUGAGCGGCCCGACCCAAUUGAUGCUUGGAAAGCUCUUGGAUGAAACAUGGGGUCACCAGGGGUUCUUUUCCUGGCUUGAUCGUCUCUCCCUCAGCUAUCGUUCCCGCCGAGACAGUCUGCUGGAGGCCUGUGGUCGAUACUCACCGAAGGAAAUCUGUGACUGGGUGCCGCCGGAGUAUGGUAUGUUCCUCUGGAUUAAGUUGGAUUGGAAAGAGCACCCCCAGUUCCAGGGUCAGACUGAAUUCCAGGAUGUGGAGCCAAAGCUUGGGGGAAUAGAGGACCGAAUACUGAGCUCUGCGCUCAAGAAUGGAGCACAAGUCACCAAAGGGUCUCUCUUUCAGUGCAGCAAGAUCCUAGCGGAUGAACUGCACUUUCGACUGACCUUUGCGGCCGCCCUUGAAGAUGAUUUGGCUGAGGGUGUGAGAAUAUUUGCUAAUGCUCUGGUAGACGAGUUUCGCUAG